AUGCGCGCGCCGUCCGAUCGCGCGCUCUGCGCCGCCUCACUGCUGCUGUACUCUGCGCUCCUGGUACUCGGCCACCAGGAGGAGAGGGGCUACCACGCGGAGAACGGGUACCACGCCGAGGACCGCUACAGCCACGAGGACGCGAUCGAUGUGGCGGACAAGAGCGCAGUGUGCCCUACAGAGAGGCUGCUCCGCUCCAGAGACACCUGCCAAGUGGACGGCGCCGAGGCGCAGUGCAUUCGGCUGAGCUGCUGCGACACGCACGCCUACAUCGCUGGCCGGUGCAUUCCGAAGUCGGUGGACCCGUGCAGCCUGAAGCUGUGCGAGCAGGCGUGCGAAGUUAGGGCUGGCAGGGUCUGGUGCACAUGCCACCCAGGGUUCCGCUUCCACGAGGACAACUACCGCAGGAAGUUGCAGCCCUACUGCGUCGACGAGGACGAGUGUUCCGUCAACAAUGGCGGCUGCGAGCAGCGCUGCGUGAACGACCCUGGCAGCUUCCACUGCGAUUGUGCGCCGCCUCUUAGCCUGGCCCCGGACGGAAAGAAGUGCAUUCGACGCGUGGCGCUAGCGAUCCCGGAGCCGUUGCCGCUGGUGCGCGCGUCCUCCAGAUGCUACGCGCCGUGCGACACCGUGUCGUGGCUGUCGCGGAAGGUGAAACAGCUGAACGACCAGCUGCACACGACGCAGCUGGCGCUCAUAAAGCUCCUGGAAAAUCCAGUGCUCAAGGGCGAAGACGCAGAUAGGUUCGCGGAGGGCACAUUUACGUAUAGGGUGCUCGACUCUACUGCUCCUUUGGAGGGAGGUUACUGCCGGUGCGAGAGGGGACCCAGGGGCCCCCCGGGGCCGGCGGGCAUGGAGGGCCCCAAAGGCGACACGGGCCCCCGCGGCCCCAGGGGCGCCAGGGGGCCCAGGGGCUCCUUGGACCUGAUGCUGCUCCUCAUCGCCGACCUGAGGCACGACAUCCGCAACCUGGAGGCGCGCAUCUACAAGGACGGCGAACAGCCGGAGCGCUUCAACCUGCAGAAGGCGUGGCGGUGGCAGCGCAAGCAGGAGCGGCUGGAGGAUGGCCAGGACAUGGGGCGGGAGAUGAGCGCGUUCACGGCGCCGCCCUUGCACGGCCCGGACGGCAAGGACGCGUCGGCCGACGGGCCGAACGGCGAGCCCCCGGACUGGAGCCUCGCCGAGAUGGACGAGAAGCUGCGCCAGUUCCACAUCCUCGCGAACACCACCAGCUCGGGAGACGAGGAGCCGGGCGCGGACUACGACUACGAC